UUCUCACUUUCCUCUCUCUCUCUCUUCGAAAACAAAACAAUAACACUUCCUUUGGAUGGAGUGACUUCGCGAGAAAAGAAAGGAGUUUGAGGGAGAGAAAAACACCUCUGGCGUUUGGAUGGUGUAGCAGGCGAGAGAGGGUGAGAAAGGGAGGGAGACGAGAACCCCUUACACCCCCGUUUUCGUUUCUCACCGAUUUGGUGCGAUUCCGUGAGAGAAGAGUGUGUGCGGGCCACGGAGUGAUGUGCAGUCGCGGGGGUUGAGAGAAAGACACCCCCUUUGGUUGCCGGAGAUGGGAGACAGUGUGUUUGGUCGCGGGAGUUGAGAGAUCUUGGUCCCCGGAGCUUCGCCGGAGACCGUUUCCGUCGACGGAAAUUGCCCUGCGAAUAUGAUUUCUCACGAUUGUUUGGUAACCCUUUCUUUUCUUCUCUCACUAAUAAGGGAGAUUACUUCCCUUUCUUUUCUUCUCUCAUCCCUCCAUCCAAAGGAGCUGUAAGCAAACUACAUAGCUAAAUACUAGUAUAUCGCAUAGACCUCAACUUAAGAGGAAUUAAAAAGAGGAAGAAGAGGAAAAACAAAGAUCAGAGAGAGAGAGAGAGAGAGUGAAAAUGGGGCAAGUUUUGUCCAACAUCGAGAGAGAGAGAGAGAUGGGGCAAGUUUUGUCCAACACCCUCAGGUGUAUAUGCAAAUGUUGUGGAGCAGAGGAUGAAUCAGAUCAAAACCUACGUGAGAUCUCCUCACAUUUCCUCAUUUAUCCAUCAAUUCCACCCUUCCAAACCAUAACUAGAACUGAAUUUCUACAAACAAACAGCUCGGAGUACUCAUGCAUCGACCCUUCAAUCACGACCCCUGUUUCGAAUCCUCCACCUGAUCAUCUUUCUGAUUUAGUUUCUGGGGAUUCCACUUCGAACACAGUUGCAUUGCAUCAAAAUCUUCUUAUCUCUCCUCCACAAUCAUCGGUCUUGGCCUACUCCCAAAGAGACUCACGCACAGCACAUUCAAUACAACAAGAUACUAAAGAGGAGGAAAAGGUGGUUAUAAAUAAGGCAGUACUUUUGAUAGAAGAGAGAUGGAUAAAGCACUACAGCAGUUUCCAAAAGAUACUGCUUGUUGGUGAAGGAGACUUUUCAUUUUCUGCGAGUUUGGCUAUGGCUUUUGGUUCAGCCCAUAACAUCGUCGCCACUUCACUCGAUACUACAGGGUGUUUGAGCAGAAAUUAUAGGAGUGCAAUGUCUAAUAUCCAAAGUCUAAGGAGCCGAGGAGCCAAGGUCAUGAAUGGUCUGGAUGCAACACAAAUGGCAGGCCAAAUCUUGUUCCAAGGCAUGACUUUUGAUCGCAUAGUUUUCAAUUUCCCACUCUCUGGGUUUUUCCCUGAUGAUUCCCGAGAAUCAAAUCUCUGCCGAGAAAGAAAACUCGUACAUCUAUUCAUUGCAAAUGCGAUAGAGAUGAUCGCGGAAGGGGGAGAAAUUCAUGUUACCCACAAAUCAAAUGGGUUUUUUCGUGAAUGGAAUCUGGAGCAACUGGCAUCAAGUGCAGGCCUUCAACUUAUUGACGAGGUGCAUUUCAAUUUCACCGAUUUCCCUGGCUACCGCACUAAAUAUGGGUUUGGGGGCGACAAGAAUUUCAACUGUAAUCCUAGCAAAACCUAUAAAUUUGGUCUUUAUUAGUUUAUGGUUUGCAGUUUAGCUCCAAAAUCAUGAAGAUGAAUGACUUGGUGAAUUGGUGGAGUAAAGACUCUGAAGAAUGUGAAUCUGGAAACAUGGGGAUAUUAGUAUAUUAGUGCAUUUCUUUGCUA